AUGACUCGGACGGGGGCUUCUUACUUGCCUUCGAGGGAGACACCCAGAACUUACCAGGAAGCUGCCACCUUCUUCCAGCUGAAGAUGGAGGAAGAUGUGCAUCACGACAAAGAGCUUUUUCAGCUCUCACAGAAAGCCUACCAGUCUUUCGUCAAGGCGUACGCCACGUACCCAGCACAUCUCAAGUCCAUCUUCCAUGUGAAAAAUCUACACCUAGGCCACCUGGCUAAAAGCUUCGCACUCCGAGACACACCCAAAGACAUCGGCAUUGGAUUCUCUAAAAUAAUGGCAUCCCUGAAGCACAAGAGAAAGAGGGAUAUAAACAAAAUAACAUUCAGAGAAGGAGAGACCGCCAAAAAGCAGAGAACAAGCCUGAUGUCCGAGUUCUCUAGUGGAAGUAAAGGCAGGAGAAAGGCUUUCUCAGGCCCUGGCGUCCGCAAGCGGAAGAAAGCCCGAAAGUGA